GAGAGGAGCCGCGCGCCCCGCGGCCGCCUGCUGUGGGCGCGGACCGCCAGCCCCAGCCCACGGCCAGGGUGCAGCCACACGGGGCGCUCGUGUCCCGACGGCGGCUUCAGGCCCGCGGCGCUCUGCGGCCGACACGCCUCCACCAGCAGCGCCCUCCUGCCCCCACCCCCGCCGCCGCUCCUCGGGAGCCCCGGCCGGUCCGAGCACGGACGGUCCGCUCUCGUCACCCCGCCGGGGCUGCGCCGACCCCUUUCCGGGCCAGGACGAGAACCCAAGGGCACCAUGUGCGCCUCAAGGCUUUAUACGCUGGUCCUGGUGCUGCAGCCGCAGCAAGUCCUCCUGGGCAUGAAGAAACGCGGCUUCGGGGCCGGCCGGUGGAACGGCUUCGGGGGCAAAGUUCACGAAGGAGAGACCAUCGAGGAUGGGGCCAAGAGGGAGCUGCAGGAAGAGAGCGGUCUGACCGUGGACGCGCUGCACAAGGUGGGCCAGAUCACGUUUGAGUUCGUGGGUGACCCCAAGCUGAUGGACGUGCACGUCUUCUGCACAGACAGGGUCCAGGGCACGCCCGUGGAGAGUGACGAGAUGCGCCCGCAGUGGUUCCAACUGGACCAGAUCCCCUUCGGGGACAUGUGGCCAGACGACAGUUACUGGUUCCCGCUGCUGCUUCAGAGGAAGAAGUUCCGUGGCUACUUCAGGUUCCAGGGGCAGGACACCAUCCUGGACUACACGCUCCACGAGGUGGACGCCGUCUAGGGCAGAGCCAGCUCGCCCCUCAGACCCCGAGACCCCGGCCCGGCCGUGCCCUGGCCUCAGGCCCCCCGCCCCUGGGGCCUCGUCUGUCUGGAGCACAACUGGAUGGAAAAGCAAAUAAAGUUUUUUCGACAAUUCCC